CAAUGUUGUCCCUCUCUCUCUCUCUCUCUCUUUUUCUCUCUUCAAACCCUCAUGUUGAAUCUGAGAAACCCUUUAAUCUCAAAGAAACCGAUCCCUCAAAUCUCUCACUCUCCCGUUCGCUCGCUCUCUCUCUCUAAACCCUUCAGUCUCAGAAAUUACGAUUCAACAUUCAUCUUGAUUCAACCUUCUUCAGCGUGGUGAUUCAUCUAAGAUCCAAUCUCAGAGUGAUUUCGAUUUCAAAUUUCUCUCUUUCUCUCUCGAUUUUGAAAUUCCACCGCCACCACUAUCUAUACUGUCUACUAAGAUCUAAGUUUGAACAGUGAAGGAGACGCCCUAGAUUGUUUUGUUUUUGUAGUUCUUAUUGUUCCUUGAAGGCAAGAUCAUCCAUAGCGCUACAUUUAAACUUAGCUACGGUUAUUGAGACUAUAUCAAAUUUUUCCCCUCAAGAAGAUCUAGAUAUUGGACUAGUGAUGAGAAGGAAUGGGUUGAACUAUCGUAGAUCAACUCCUUUACUGGUCUUGUAGUUUGGGACAAAGCAGAUCAUAAUAACAAUAUGACUCAAGCUAUGGGCACUGGAAUAAAUUUGUAGAUGGUUUUCUCGGCCCUCUAAUAAAUUUAUUAUGAAGGAUGCACUUUUUGCUUUGGCUUCUCUAUCUCUGUCAUAUCAAUUGCUUAAAGCAGAGGUGUGUUCAUGGAUAUCCUUGCUUGUUUGCACAUCUAUUUUCAUCAAUUGCCAAGUUCUCCUCCAUGAUCAGUGGUGAGGUUGAUGAGCAUUAUCUCUAUGCUGCUAUUAAGGCAAUUGACAUGGAUGCGCUUUGGAAGAGGAGAAAUGGGGAUAUUGGUGAAGCUUUGGUGUUCCAGCUUCCUUUCCUAAGAAUCAGCAUUCUAAUUCAUAUUGGAUGCCAAGUGGGUAGCAUGGCAUCGACAUUCUUAAUGGAUGUGGAGAAAAUGCAUGGUGUAUGUAUAACAGUAUGUCAUGUUGAUUGUGAUUCUUCUAAUUUUACUCAAUUUUUUUUUUUUUGACUCAAAUUGUUGUCUAUUUGAACUUAUUUAUUUUGUUUCUAUUUUAUUUUUUCUUCAAUAGAUGUAAAUAUAAAUUGAGCAAUUGUAAUUGGUAAUUGAGCAAUUGUGAUUUUACUUAAAUUGUUGUCUAUUUGAACUUAUUUAUUUUGUUUCUAUUUUAUUUUUUCUUCAAUAGAUGUAAAUAUAAAUUGAGCAAUUGUAA